AUGGAAUACAUACUAGUUAUUGAAUUCGAAUCAACUGGCGAAGUGACAUGCAAAAUAAAGAACCUGCCUCGCACUCAUAUGACACGUUUAGAAGUUAAUCUUAAUAAUAUGAAUAUAACGUGCAAAAGAAUACAGGAUGAAACGCUUGAAGCGGACGUUGAAGGUGUUAAGAUAUUGAAUGUUCUUGGCAGUUCUCACUUCAGUUACAGGUUGAUAAGCCAAUCUAUGGCUAUUGAAGAAACUGCAAUAGGUGGAAGGACGGUGAAAAUUCAAAAGACUAUUUGGACUAUGGGUAAAGAA